AUGGCAGCGAUAACCCUCCUUCAAAUCUUCCUCCUCAUUCAUCACUCGCUUCCCCUCUUCUACCCUCUACUCCCCUCUACUCCCCUCGCCGUCUUCUCAGUCUCUGCUCCAACGCCCAGGUCCUCUCUCUCUUUAUCUAUCUAUCUAUCUACAUGUGGUCGUAAUGUGUCGUAUUUGAUAUCACUGUUGCGUGGUCCCGGCUCAGGUUUCAACUGCGGAAGCCAACGGAUCAGUAGUUGGGGAUCUACUGGACUACCUCAACGAGUCUUGGACUCACUUUCAUGCUACCGCCGAAGCUAAACGACAACUCAUUGACGUUGUGCUGGUUUUCAUUUGCUGAAUGAAAAUGAUGAGUGGGACCUUAAGCCCGGUGGGCGCUACUUCUUUACACGAAAUAUGUCUUGUUUGGUUGCGUUUGCUGUUGGAGAGAAGUGAGCAUACCAACUCAACCAGUU